AAGGGAGUCUAACCCUGCCGGAUGCCGAUAGACCAGGCCGGACCGCGUCCAAGCAGCACCAUGGCUCGCAGCGAGAUUGUUAUUCCCGUGAACAACUUCAGCAAAAUGCCUCGUGAUUCGUACAAGAUGGAAGCAAGAAGACACAUCCAAGAGGCCCUUGAACGCUCCAGAAGGCCCGAGUACGAUCUCAGGAGGGAACUCAGCAGCAUGUUCAGCAAAUUUCCCAUGAGGUCGUCCAUAUUUGACGACGACUUCGACGACUUCUUCAAAGACAUCGUUCCAGCACCCUCAUUCCCGUCCUUCGAGAAAGUCUUCAAAGAGGUGAAGACCGUCGUGGACGAGAACAACAAGAUGCUGAUGGAAGUUGACGUCAGCGAGUACGAACCGGAAGAGAUCACCGUCAAAGCGAUCGAGGGUAAACUCAUCGUUCACUGCAAGAAGCAGCGGGCGGGAUCCACGAAAGAGUCGAGGCGAGAGUUCUCGCUUCCCGAGGGCGUCGACGUUGAAACCAUCACGUCCAACUUGACCGCAGACGGCAUGCUGAAAAUCUGUGCCCUGCUCCCCGUUCCGGGACAAACUCUAGCGUUCGCGGAACCGUGUGACCAGAAGGCGGAAGCGUUCCUCUACGUGGACAAGUACUAGUUCAUCCACGGGGCCCCUGUCCCGCUGGGAUUCGGGACUGCGUCACGCGUGCUACCGCUGUCUGGUGCGUACGAACCCGUGACCCGACACAGUUGUUCCAUUUGUCACCCUCGUUGCGUGCCAUUACCCUCUGUACAGGAUGCAGUGUGGAUUGUGUUGUUCUCAUUCGGGGUAUUCCAUGACGUCAUUUUACACGAUUCUCCUCGAAGCGUCCGUUGUGUUACCGAUAUCGAGAGGACAUAGACAGUUUAUCUCUGGAUUGCACUGGCUUUAAACUCGUCUUCGGCCCCUAGUGUAACGGACUGCAUAUCAUUCAUCCUCCUAGGUAUCGCUCUGCGCGUUUGGCGCAAAAAAAAAAAAUAAUAAUAAUAAUAAAAUUCCGAGUGCGUCACCAACUGUACGUGCACUGAAUCUGAUUUUUAGUCGUAUUUUUGUACAUAUAUAUUGUCGAGGACGUGAAAUAAAUAUGAAACUUUCUUGUUUCUGGUGGU